AUGGCCUCAAACAACCUUGUUGCGGAACUCGUGUACACAAGCCUCAGCGUCCCCCCCGAACGAUACAAAGAUGUAUACCGCACCACCUUGGAGCCCAUUCUCCUCGCUCAACCUGGCCUGAUCUCAGCCAUGGGCGGUAUCAUCACCACAGGCACAGAGAGUGCCACGGCCAUCUCUUUGGUCGUCUGGGAGAGCGUAGAUGCGCACGUUGCCUUCAUCUCCGGCCCGGCAGCAUUUCCUUUUUUCGAGGCCUCAAAGCCAUUGAUGAGCGGACCGCCUGCAGUUGAGCACUAUAGAAUCGGUGGAUUACAGACACGUGCCGUCCAGAGCCGGUUUUCUCGGUUGCUCAAAGCUUCCGAUAAUGAGGACAAGGAGAAGUUGGCAAAGAUAUUGGACAAGUGUGUGGCGGCUGAAGGGAGUGAGACGGCUGUGAUCAGCAACUCUCGGACAGGUUUGAGGCGACUGUUGAUGCUUUGGAUAGGAACACGAGCAUCAAGACUCUUGCUGUUGAGUGGUAUUCAAGGGGCAUGA